GCAGGGCACAGGGCACUGGGAGUUUGGGCAUUACAUCUGAAGGAAACCCUGGAGAAGUACCGGAAGUCCAUCAGCGUAAGCAGUUUUGUCACUGGCCCUGUAAAUGUCCUUAUCAGAAGCCCAGAUGUCCUCCUGGAGUGAGUUUGGUGAGGGAUGGCUGUGGAUGCUGUAAAAUAUGUGCCAAGCAACCAGGGGACAUCUGCAAUGAAGCUGAUCUCUGCGACCCACACAAAGGGCUGUACUGUGACUAUUCUGCAGACAGGCCUAGGUACGAGUUUGGAGUCUGUGCAUAUCUUGUAGCUGUUGGGUGUGAACUCAACAGGGUGCAUUAUCACAAUGGCCAAGUGUUCCAGCCCAAUCCCUUGUUUAGCUGCCUCUGUGUGAAUGGGGUGAUUGGAUGCACACCUCUGUUCAUACCAAAGCUGACUAACAGUCGCUGCUCUGAGUCUCCAAGUGAAAAGAACAAUGAUCACUCACACUGUGAUCCAGGACCACGGCAAAGGCAGCUCUCGACAAGCUAUAAAACCAUGCCAGCUUACAGGAAUCUCCCACUAAUUUGGAAAAGGAAUUGUCUUGUGCAGGCAACCAAAUGGACACCUUGCUCCAGAACAUGUGGGAUGGGAAUAUCUACCAGAGUAACCAAUGAAAACAGCCAGUGUGAAAUGAGGAAAGAGAAAAGACUGUGCUACAUUCAGCCUUGCAACAUUAAUGUAUCAAAAGUAGUUAAGAUCCCUAAAGGAAGAACAUGCCAACCUACUUUCCAACUCUCCAAAGCUGAGAAAUUUUUCUUUUCUGGAUGCUCAAGUACUCAGAAUUACAAACCAACUUUCUGUGGAAUAUGCCUGGAUAAGAGAUGCUGCAUCCCUAAUAAGUCUAAAAUGAUUACUAUUCAAUUUGAUUGUCCAAAGGAAGGAUCAUUUAAAUGGAAGAUGCUGUGGAUAACAUCUUGUGUAUGUCAGAGAAAUUGCAGAGACCCAGGAGAUAUGUUUUCUGAGCUCAAGAUUUUAUAAACAUAUUCACAUGGCAGAAAAGUUAGU